GAUGUUGCAUGCUUGGAUGUUUCGCUCUUGGAUGAACCGUCUUUGGAUGAUACGAUUCUCAGAUAUUCUCGUGCUGCCAUUUUGGAUGAUACGGUUUUGGAUUCUGCAUCCUUGGAUGUUUCGCUCUUGGAUGCUCUGAAUGCUCCCAAAAGGGCCGAUUUUGGAUGUUAUUUGGAGGUUUUGAUCACUGGAUGCUGCGGUUUUGGUUGUUGCGUAUUUUGGAUGCUGCGCUCUUGGAUGCUUUAAUAGUCCCCCGCGCCAGCAUUUUUUUUGUAACGGCAAUUUCGAAGUUAGGCUUCAGCAAGUUACGAUCAAUUGCCACUUUACCGAUUUUAGGUCACUGGGGAAGUUUCGUAUUGCGAAAUUUUGUUAUUGGAAACGAGCUACUACGGACUAUGCCUCCCAAGAAAAAGACAGUACGAGGUUCCCGAAGUGCUGCAGUACAUGGGAACAGUACAGUCGCACCUACAGCCGGGCCAGGCAGUGGGGAUGGCAGCCUGCCAUUGUUGCCAUCCACCUUCCAUGAAGCUGUGGAGCAGCUGGUGGAGCUAGUGCGGGGUGUUGUCGAUGACACAGUCACCAUGUUCAAGCUGGAGAUGGCCAAUGUGCCAGUCACACAAGGUGUGACAGAUGUGGUGGCAGGUCUAUCUGCAAAAACCCAGCAGGAGCUGUGUGGUGUGGUGCCUCUAUGCGAGGUGCGACCAACUGACCUGCCAGCCAAUGGCUGCUCCAGCCUCUUUGACCAGCGCCAGUAUGCUGAGGCACUGCUGCACGCUGUGCGCGCCCACUUUGCCUUUGUAAAGUUUGACAGCCGACUGAUCUACACAAGCACCGCCGGAGUGCGGGACCCGACGGCGGUGUCACAGCUGCUGUACGUCUUCAGCUACGUGAAGUCGGCUCCGGCCCGGGCCGAGGCCCCGGCAGCCGUCAGUGCCGCGGCUGGGCUGCCGGAGGGCCGCGGGGCCGCCAACCGGCGCCGGACGGUGGCAGUGCUGCCGCGGGCCGCCGAGAACGACGAGCCGCCGGCGGGCUCCAUCGGAGACGAGCUGGAGCGGUUCCGAGACAAGCUGGACCGGGUGGAGCGCAGUCUGCUGGAGGCAUCCCAGUCGCUGGCCGACGAGGACAUGCGCCUCCCGGAGACGGCGCUCGACUCCAGUCUGGAGGACGUGCCGACACCGGCGCUCGGCACGGCCCUGCACACCGUCCUGCCGCGAGUCCAGGCCGCGGCCGCCGCCAAACGUACCGCCGCCGCCGCCAAGCGCACCACCGCUGCCAAGCAGAAGCCACCGCGCGGCGCCGUCACCCACGAGGAGGCGGUCGCUGCGUCCGCCGCACGCGCUGUCGCCGCCGCUGCUCCUCCCGCUCGUGCCUCGCGCACCGCUCCCACUCGCGCUCCCCGCGCGGCGCCCGCCACUGCCAGGCGCGGUAAACGCAACCGCUCGCUCACUCCGACUCCGAUGGAGGUGGAGACUACGGACAACGGCGCGGCGCCUACCGUUCCGGAGCCGGAGCCGGCAGCCGGUCCGCCGAGCCCCUCCCGCCAGACGGCCGGCCACCUGCCGCAGCCCGAGUCCGACCAGCUGGUGGCCUUCUUCCAGAAGCUGAACGGCUCCCAGACGGAGCAGAGCCGCGUCUCGCUCACCUGCCGCUAUGCCAAGAUGCGCUACGGCCACGACGUGUCCUCGGGCGUGGUGUACCGGCUGGUGGAGGCCGCGCGCCGCCGCGGGGCCGGCCCGGCUGCCGCCGCCGCCGAGCCGGCGCCGCUGUCGGAGGAGGGCCGACGCCAAGCGGCGCUGGCCGUGUACGCCGAGCUGGACCCGGGCCACAGCGAGCAGUCGCGCGUCGCCUACACCCUGCAGUACAUGCGUGUCCAGCACGCCGUCCGGCUGGAGGCCAACACGCUGUUCGGCUGGCUCGGCCAGGGCGCCAAGAAACCGACCGCCAAGAGGGCCAGGGUGCGGUAGUGCGGACUGACGAGCGAACAGCCCAUCGCCAGAGACGGGUCACCCGGGAUGAUGGACAGAGAUUAUGGCUUCGGAAAGCAAGGGAAUACGUUUUAUAAACUGGCUUGUGCUUCGGAUCUUCGGCUUCGGAAGGCAAGGGAAUACGUUUUAUAAACUGGCUUGUGCUUUGAAGGAGAGCUUUUAGGACUGCGAUGCUUUCAGCUGAUGACAAGUUUUAAACGUGCGGGCUCACUGUUGCUGGAUAAAAGAACAGAAUUCGAAACUCCCGUUCGGCAGUGGUGUGGUGGGUGUUUGUUGUACAUUCGUCACCCGUAUCUUAAAGUGCCGUGUUGUUGCAAUUGUUCGGCUUCAAUAGUGUCAUGUUGUGCAGUGCACUGUUUUAACACCGUUCCACGCAUACUAGUUUCGCUUUACUCACCUUUACCAUGUUGCGGUCAACUGUGACUGGAGUGCAUCCCCUCUGGUAUCGAUUCGUUGACUUUGAUGUUCCAGUUCGUCGUCGUGUCACAUGCGAAGCUGCUACGUUAUUUCGCCUACCAUUUGGCACUAGUUUUAUUCAUAGUUUUUGCAAGUUCCAUCACUUAUUUCACAUAGCUUUUGAACAUUUCUGAAAUCGCGUGCAGGCGUGCUUGAUACUAGUAUUUUGCGCUUUCAUUUAUGCAUUGCAUCAUUUACGCAGUCAGUGGACUGCAAUGGAAGUAUUGAUGUACCUGCCAGGCGAAGCCUUGUUGGAAAAAAAUACGUUUUAAUGUUA